AUGGCGUUCUUGUUUGGCCGUAGCAAAGCCAGGUCUAACCAAGAGUUGACCCGGUCAACCAAAGAUUUGAUACUGAAGCUAAUUGCUGAGGACAAGCCUUCACAAAAGGUAUCCGACCACUACGACCCGAGCGAGCUGGACUGGGCUGACGACGGUCAGAUCGAGGAAGAAGUGGCACGGAAUCUUGGCCAAAUGAAGGUCAUCCUCCAAGGCACGCCCGUAAACCUCCUCGUUACCGAAGAUCUUCUACGAGUCCUCGCCGAGAACAUUCACCGUCUACCCUUCGAGUCGCGCAAAGACACACAAACUAUCAUUUCCAAUGUUCUGCGAUACAAGCAACCGGGCGAAGACCAACCAAUUGCCCUGCAAUACAUCAUCACGACCCGUCCUGAGGUCAUUAUCACGCUUUGCAAUGGCUACGAUCGUCGCGAGAGCGCUAUGCCCUGUGGAGGAAUACUGAAAGAGGCCUUGAAACAUGAUGCCGUCACGGCUCUGAUCCUCUACGACGAACCAAGCCUACACGGUCAACCUCUGGAUCUUGGCAGUAUUGAUACAGAUCAACCUGCCUCGGGUCAAGGUGUGUUCUGGAAAUUCUUUGACUGGAUCGACAAGAGUUUGUUCGAGGUCAGCACCGAUGCCUUUGAUACUUUCCGCGUAAGUCGCUCCCAUCCUACUCCAGAAUCAGAUUCUAACGAAGGACAGCAAAUCCUUGUAAGGCACAAGCCUAUGGUCGCAAAGUAUAUUGAUACCAAUUUCGACCUCUUCUUUGACAGGUACAACAAUAUCCUCAUCAAAUCAGAGAGUUACGUCACCAAGCGCCAGUCGAUCAAGUUACUUGGUGAGGUUCUGUUGGACCGCCAGUUCUACGAGAUCAUGACCCGCUACGUCGAGUCUGGCGAUAACCUCAAGCUCAUAAUGUGGCAGCUCAAGGACGAUCGCAAGAUGGUGCAGUAUGAGGCUUUCCAUGUUUUCAAAAUCUUCGCUGCGAACCCUAACAAAUCACCCGACGUCAAGCGAUUAUUGACUAUGAAUCGUCAACGUCUAUUGGACUUCCUGCCCAACUUCCUAGCCGACCGUACAGAAGAUGACCAGUUCUCGGAUGAGAAGAGUUAUCUCAUCAAGCAGAUCAAAUUGUUGCCUCAGACACCUCAGCAACCGAGAACUGCAAGCCAGGAAUCAUCGAAAUAG